CAUUAAGAGGAAACAUCAAUCUAAUAUAAAAGGGCGGACUUGAAAAACACGCCAAAACCCAAUUUAAUAAAAUUUCCAGAGAGGAUUUCUACGUCGUUUAUAUUUCCCAUAUUUUCUAUUUUCUUUCAAAAUUCUCGUAAUUUCAAUAACAGAAAAAACGGAGAAAACAAAAGAAAAUUCCUCGAUCGGACGUUCGAAGACGCAAAAUCCUGAAAAAGUUUGGAUUGUAGGCAUUUGAUAUUACAAAUCAUGAGAUUCAGGAAGGGGAAUAAAGUAGAGGUCUUUAACAGAAGGGAUGUGCCUUCCGGGUCCUGGUGGUGUGCUGAGAUUAUAUCGGGAAAUGGGCAUAACUACAUUGUUAGGUAUGACAGGUCACCAAGUGGUAGCAGUGAUGGGACCCUGGAAAGAGUGUCUAGAAAGGCCAUGCGGCCUUGCCCGCCACUUGUGAGUGGCCCGGAAAUCUGGGUGUGCGGGGACGUUGUGGAGGUGUUUGACAAUUACUCCUGGAAAAUUGCUGAAGUCUUGAAGGUGGUCAGCAAAGGGCGGUACUACUUUGUUAGACUCCUUGGGUCUUCCCAAGAGUUCAAAGUGCUCAAAUCCGAUGUUAGGGUGCGGCAAUCUUGGGUGGAUAAUCAAUGGGUGGUAAUCGGAAAGGAUUCUAGAAAUUGUGAACAUGGCAAAACUAAUAAUCAGUCUCCAGGAGCAGAUUCUCAGAAGCAAAGCUGCCAAGUGUUGCUGCCAGAUGUAAAGUGGAAAGCUCGUGUUGGAGAUGACCAUUUGCAGAAUGAGAAUAACAUUGGUUCCCAGAAGAAGAGGUCAAAUAUUUGCUCGUCUCAUGUUGAAGCACACGCAGGACCUCGCCAAAAAAUAAGAGCAAUUGGGAAAGAAGGCAGUUGUCAGAGAUUGGUUCUAGAGCAUCCAUCCCCGUUUUUGGAGAAGGUAGAUGCUGUUGCUUCCCCACGAACAAUGUUGGGUGAAAAAUACAUGCAUGCUUCCUUUAACAACAGAACGAUUGGAUUUUCUGAAAUCUACAUAGAGAGAGGAAAAACAACUGCUGAUGACAGAUGUUAUACUCCAAGAAGCUUAGAAUCUCAUGAUGCAGAGAAUAUUGCAUGCUCUGUCGCUAGUUGUGGGCUGAAGUUGGAGGCUUUUACACCUUGCUUCCAAAGGCCUCAAGAUGAUGGUGGGGCCAGUUGUGAGCCUGUGAUGCAUGUUGGGUUGAAUACAGUGAAAACAGAACCUUGUCAAGGAUCCUCUGUCGGCUUGAUAUGUAGAUGCUUGAAAGGUGGAGUAGCUGACGGUACAACACUGCUUUAUGAUAAAGUCAAGAUUGAUGAUCUCAAGAAUGAUGAUUCCAGAGUGCCGUCCUGCAUAUUGUCGUGUUCUGAAGAUUUACAAGUUGGAAGAAUUCAAAAUGUCUUAGGAGCUAUGCAUUGGAGAAGAUGGAACUGGAUAUUUCUAACCAUGGCCGGUGGGAGGAGAUUGGGGCCCUCCAACUGCAAAUGCAGCAUCAGAUCUGACCCUUUCCUAACAUUUGUUGUGGCCCACUUUGUGGCAGUUGCAGUAUGCAUCGAGAACUUGCUGCCUGUUUGUCUGGCGGUUCGCAUACCUUCUCAUCAACAGUAUAGUAUGUGUGCGUGCAUAUGUUCUGUAACAUUGAAAUGUUGAUUAUGGUUUAUGUAUAUGCUGCCACAUUUUCUAGAAUCAUGGUGAGAAAUGCUGUUUA